UUGUUUUCCUUUCUUUCUCUCUCUUUUUUUUUGCCUUCAAAGUUGGUUUAGUUUGACCCAUCAACUGCAACACAUUUAUUAAAAGAGGACCAUUGUCACAAGCUAUGCGUCCUCUUAACGACACUUACACAAUCUAUUCAUUUUCUCAAUUCCCAAAUAUUAAAAUCUCACAAUUUUUAUGAGGCAAAGAUUUGUGGUUUCUUUCACAACAACGAAAGGUGCAAGUGGAUGAUGUUUUGGUGGUAAAAAUUGAAGCUUUUCUAAUGGAUCGGAUUUUGGGUUUUCAAGGUUAGAUUUGAAAGGGGUUAAGUUGAUCUGUGUCAAGAUGGUUAAUUUGCUUUGAAAAUCCAUUUUUUUUACGAGAUUUGGUGUUUGAGAUGAACCAGUUAGUUGAAAGCUCUGCUAAUUCUCAAAGGGUCUCUAGAGUUCAAGCUCCACUGGUGGACUCUGUUUCAUGCUACUGUAAAGUAGAUUCAGGCCUGAAAACAGUGGCCGGGGCAAGGAAAUUCGUUCCAGGAUCGAAGAUAUGUAUCCAACCUGACAUAAACCCGAAUGCACAUAGGAACAAAAACUCGCGUAAAGAAAAGACUAGAGUUCAGCCUCCUCUGCUACCUGGUCUUCCCGAUGAUCUUGCUAUUGCUUGUUUAAUCCGUGUACCGCGCGUUGAGCACAGGAAACUGCGUUUGGUUUGCAAGAGAUGGUAUCGCCUUCUGUCUGGAAAUUUCUUUUAUUCACUCAGGAAAAGUCUCGGAAUGGCAGAAGAAUGGGUUUAUGUCAUCAAAAGAGACCGUGAAGGAAAAAUUUCAUUGCAUGCUUUCGACCCUAUCUACCAAAUAUGGCAAUCCCUUCCGCCUGUUCCUGGCGAAUAUUCCGAAGCAUUAGGAUUUGGUUGCGCUGUUCUUAGUGGUUGCCACUUGUACUUAUUUGGUGGAAGAGAUCCAUUGAAGGGAUCAAUGAGGCGUGUCAUUUUCUACAAUGCUCGUACAAAUAAAUGGCACAGAGCACCAGAUAUGCUGCGGAAACGUCAUCUGUUUGGUUCUUGUGUAAUAAAUAAUUGUCUCUACGUUGCUGGUGGGGAAUGUAAAGGAAUUCAAAGAACUCUUCGAUCUGCUGAAUUUUAUGACCCGAACCGGAACAGGUGGAGCUUUAUCUCUGAAAUGACCACAGCCAUGGUUCCUUUUAUCGGUGUUAUUCAUAAUGGCACAUGGUUUUUGAAGGGUCUCGGGUCUAAUCGCAAUGUCAUAUGCGAAUCCUAUUCGCAUGAAACUGAUACAUGGACUCCAAUAAGUAAUGGAAUGGUCAACGGAUGGCGUAAUCCGAGUAUCUCACUGAAUGGACAACUCUAUGCACUUGAUUGCCAAGACGGCUGCAAGCUCAAAGUAUACGACGGGGCGACAGAUUCCUGGAAGAAGUUCAUCGAUAGCAGGCUUCAUUUAGGUAGUUCCCGAGCUCUCGACGCCGCUGCUCUUGUUUCACUUAACGGAAAGCUAUGCAUUAUCCGCAACAACAUGAGCAUUAGUCUAGUCGAUGUUUCAAGUCCAAACAAACGCGUCGAAAGCAAUCCUCAUCUUUGGGAAAAUAUUGCUGGAAAAGGUCCUGUUAGGUCUUUAGUUAGAAAUAUAUGGUCAACUAUCGCAGGACGCAGUGGUUUGAAGAGUCACAUUGUUCAUUGUCAAGUUCUUCAAGCCUGAGAUAUCCACAAGUUCUCUGAUAAUACCGGGCUACACAGAUAAGGAAAUGAAUGGUUUUCAGGUAAUGUUUUGUAAAGAUGAGGAUUUUGGAAAUAGAAUCGAGGACACAACUUCAGAGUCAUGAAUAGGAGCAUUAUAAUGUAAAUGUUGUUUCACUCUAAGGCUCUGGCUGUUUUAGUUACAAUAUAUAUUUAGGUUUUGAAGCCAUGGAUUGUUGUUGUAUAUGAUUUAUUUGAAAACAAGAUAUCAUAGUUUAUUUCUGUUAGUAGGAAGAAGCUGUUCCAGUUUGAAGACUAUAUAUGUGAACUUUGAAUUACAGAAGAAUUUUCCUUGAAUCUCAAAA